AUGCAGGCAGAGCCUGAAACCAAGAAAAGAUUCUACGUUGAUCUGAGGAGAGUCCUGUGCAAGAUGGACACUACUGACAAACUUAUUAUCAUGGGUGAUUUCAACGCUCGAGUGGGGAACGACUACAGCGCUUGGCUAGGUGUCCUAGGUAGACAUGGCAUUGGCAACUGCAACGAUAACGGCAGGCACCUGUUGGAACUCUGCUCUGAAGCAAAGAUUGCGAUAAACAGCACAAUGUUUCAACAAAAAAGACGUUUUAAAACCACCCGGAUGCAUCCACGCUCAAAACAUUGGCACCUGUUGGAUUACAUAAUAGUGAGACAUUGUGACAUCAGGGAUGUGGUGCACACUAGAGAAAUGCCGAGUGCUGACUGUUACAAGAAAAAUCGUCUUGUCCGGACGAAGCUGAACAUCACCAUCAAGAUGGUAAAAAACGAUGGCCAGCCUAGGGCAAAGAAGCUAAAUGUUGAUAGGCUGGCUGACGUACGAGAGCGCUUCAGUUUAUUACUCGAGGCUGAUCUUCGAAAGCCACAGGACGAUGAUCCAGUGAGUAACUGGAGUCAGCUAAAACGAUACUUCAAGACGUUGCAACCAAAGUCGUGGGAUACUGCAGUAAACCCAACAGAGACUGGUUUGAUGAGAACAAUACCGCAAUUCAAGAACUGUUAA